AUGCAGCCAGUAGGGUUUGCCGACCCCAGAGAUCUGGCGGGUCCGCUGAGGUACCUACAAUGUAUUAUACAGCACCUACGGGCCGGUUCACGGCUGGUCCUUUCUUUUCCGCCCCAUGCCUUUGCCGAGAGUCGGGGAUCAGGCAGCAACAGCGACGAUGCAAUAACGGAAAUCUCCAACCUCUUCGCACGCCUAGGCGUUGAGGCGUCAUUGUACAGCGAAGACGAGGUCGUGCCUAACCUCCGGCCAUACAUGACGCCGGUUUCAAAUACCCCAGACGACCCGUUGCAACCGUUUCCAGAUUUCACCCUCGCUCGAAAGUCGCUCUCGGACAUAGACGUCGACCUUGGCAUCCAUAACAACAAAAGCUUUGUUCUAGCCAGGAAUGGCCAGCUGGACCUGAGUGUGGGAGGACACUCUCAAUCACCUGCCCCUGUUGACGGUUCCGAACAGCGUACUCCUGUUUCGUCAGAUGGCUCGCAUCACGGCCCUCUCCAAGAACUAGAGCUGGAACAUAUCCUCAGCAGAUUCAGAUGUUGGCGGCGGCGAUUCAACAGGACGGUCGAAGAAGCUGAAAAGAGAGGCCUGACGAAGCGAGAGCGCCGGGAAAUCAUGAUGCUCGUGCUGCGGCAGCGCGUGUGGGAGACCAUGCUCGACGAGGUCCCGGACGGGGACUCAACGCAGGCUGAUAUCGUUCUGGACCAGGCUGAGCUUGUAGUCCGGUCCUUCGCCUCGGAGCAUCCGAUCUUCACUCUCGAGAGCAACAUUAUGUCAUCGACAUCGUUUGUCUGUUGCUACAGCACUGACGAUAAGCAUCGGAGACGGGCCCUGGAUAUCCUCCGUUCGGCACGCAUGCGCCAAGGGGUUUGGGAUAGCUUCAAACUGGCUAGUAUGCUCGAGCCUUCAUUCCCAGAGCUCAAGCUGCACGCCACAUCCUCGACAACUUGA